GUAUUCGUUGACGAAUAUCACGCGUUCUUUCUUUCUCCGCUUCUAUAUAAACCCUUCUCCUCUCCUCCCUGCAACUCACUCUUCGCGCAUAGACGAGACAGAGAGAAAGAGAGAGAGGAAAAGCGAGAGGCAGCGAGAGAGAUCUUUUUUCGAUCGUUGCCAACGAAGUUUUCUUUUUUCUCUUUCUCUCAACGGCAAUCUGAAGCGAAGUUUCUGUGUAGCGGUGUCAAGUUCUUCUUCUUUCUGCGCUUUGGACCUGAAAACUCUGUUAAAGUAGUUUGAAAUGGCUCGCUCUUUCUCAAACGCUAAGGUUUUCUCUGUUUUCUUCGCCGAUGGAAUAUCAACCGCCGUCUUUAGACGAGGAUAUGCAACCGGAUCGCAAGGAGUGGUAUCGAGCGCGGGGAGAGCCGGAGCUUCGAGAAACAGCGCCGUGUUGAACAAAACAGGAGAGGAGUCUGCACGGUCAACCGAGAAGGUGUCCUGGGUGCCCGAUCCGAAAACCGGCUACUACAGGCCCGAUAAUGGCACCAAAGAGAUCGAUCCCGCGGAGCUACGCGCCACGCUCUUAAACAACAAGCACUAAAAAUGGAGAUGCCUGUAACAAAACAGUUACAAAACAAAAAAACGAGAUAGUUCUUAAAAUUUUAAAACGUCGUCGCUUCUUUGUUGAGCAACAAAGAGCUAGUGUUCGGUUAAAGGGAGAAAGGUGAAGGUGUGGUACAGCGCACGGAGAUAUCGGUGCGUCCGCUAGUUCUAAACAAAUCAUAGAUGUCUAAUUCUUUGAUUUACCGUUGAUGUUGAUGGGGCAGUUUCUCUUACGUUACUUUCUGCUUUACGAUGAGGUCGGAGCUAAUAGUUUUUAUUAGUUCUAAUGAUGAUUAGUGUAAGAAAAAUCCAAUGAAUAAAUUAACUUUGUCAUGAUUAGUA